AUGGAUGAUGUUAUUCCCGAAAAAUACCAGCAGCCCUGGAGAAGGUGGCUUGAUGAUUUACCAAUCCUGGGUAACUUAAAGAUUCCAAGAUGUGUCAAGCCAAAGGAAUUUGGUACAGUGACUUCCACACAACUGCACAUGUUUUCAGAUGCUAGUAAUGAAGGCUAUGGUGCUGCAGCAUACAUAAGGCUUUCCGAUAGCAGUGGGAGGAUUUCUACUGCUCUGCUGAUGGGAAAGUCUAGAGUGUGUCCUGUAAAGGCAACAACCAUACCCCGACUGGAAUUGACUGCUGCAGUGGUGUCCAUAAAUCUAGCACAACACAUUUUGAAAGAGCUGCAGAUUACAGUGGACCAGACAUUCUAUCACACAGAUUCUACAACAGUUCUUCACUAUAUUUUUAGUGACAGAAAGAGGUUUCCUAUAUUUGUUGCAAAUAGAGUGAAAAUAAUUAAGGAUUUCUCUGAAAAUACACAGUGGAGAUAUGUUCAGAGUAAAGAGAAUCCUGCUGAUAUUGCAUCAAGAGGUUUCACAAGUCAGCAAAUGCUGAACAGUCACGGUUUGGUUUGA